GCAGCGCAGACGGUGCGCAGAUCCACCAGCCGCUUUCUGCGUGGCUGAACAUCCCACCCCUCCUCCUCCUCUUUCUUCUUAACGGCCGCAACCAUCUGCCGCCUCUUUUUGUAAUUUCUAACCCCGCAGAUUAUUUUCCUCAGACGUCUACUUGCACUUGACACGACCCAAACAUCGCUUCCCUCACGGAGAGCAGCUGCGCAAAGGAGCGGGAACAGAGGAGCGGGCACCGCGCAGGAGGAGAACCGGGCUGCCGCGUACAUGCAACCCGACGGAGCGGAUUUAAAUUAAGGACCGGAUAACAAGCAGCAACUCUGCAACCUUUGCUUAGGGAGGGAGGGAGAGAGGGAGGCAACUGUUUAGCAGAUCUUGGAAACCCUGGGUGAGGUGAGGGGAGGGAGGGAGGAGAAUGAGCUAUUCUUGUACCAGCAGAGGCAAUAGCCAGGACCCAUCAAACGCUAAUCCAGCCAGAACCACCGGAGGCACCGACGGCGGCACGGACAGCACCGGCAACGGCAGCCCGAAGCAAACGGCGGUGAUGAAAGUGAAGAAAGGCUGCAACUCGACCGAGGUGGAGGUCCCGGUGACCACGGAGGAGGAGCUGCUGGGGAGGACGGUGAUCACUCCGGAGGAUGUUCUGGGCUUGCAAAAGAUCACAGAGCAUUAUCUUUGCAGCCCAGACGAGAAUGUUUUCAACAUCGACUUCACAAGGUUCAAGAUCAGAGACAUGGAGACGAGCACAGUGCUGUUUGAAAUCACCAAGCCUCCGUCCACAGAUAAGUCAGGAGAGAAGAGGGAUAUCGACCUGAACGCCGGCCGUUUUGUUCGUUACCAGUUCACCCCUGCUUUCCUCCGACUGCGGCAGGUUGGAGCUACCGUCGAGUUUACAGUCGGUGACAUGCCGAUAGAAAACUUCCGGAUGAUUGAGAGACAUUAUUUCAGGGAGAAGCUGCUCAAGAGUUUCGACUUUGAGUUUGGCUUCUGUAUGCCCAGCAGCAAGAACACCUGUGAGCACAUCUACGAAUUCCCACCUCUGUCAGAGGACACCAUCAGAGAGAUGGUCCUGCACCCCUACGAGACGCAGUCUGACAGCUUCUACUUUGUGGACAAUAAGCUGGUGAUGCACAACAAGGCAGACUACUCAUACAACGGCGGGACGUAGAGACGGCGCCUUCACCGCAGGAGACAGGUGGCUUAAUGGACCAACCUGUGGGACAGUCAGAGGACAGCGUUGGCUUCAACUUCCUGUCUCUCUUUUGCUCUGUUUGUCUUUCUCCUGUUGAGACGACUCCAUUCAGCAGCAGAUGGGUUUGUGAUAAUCUGAGAGUGUGUUUGUGUGUAAGCGCACAGAAAUGCAUCUGAAGAAGCUGCAUACACACACGCACACACACCCACAUACACACACACACACACACACCCGCACACACACACACACACACACACACACACAUACAUGGACACAGACACAAAGUGUGUUUGUAACAUAAUAAACCAGCAGAAAAGUGAUGCUUACAUUUCAGAUGGUUUUUAGCCACGUCAUAAAAAAAAGUUUUCAAAUAAUAAUAGAAACUAUUUUUUUUAUUCAGGUACAUAAUGCUAGGAAUCAUAGAGCCUUGUAAAAGUAUUCAUAACUCUUGAAUUUUUUUCUGAUUUCAUCACAAAAUUUCUUUUUCCAGAAGUUAUUGCAAUAAAUGAUCAUAUUUUCAAGUAAGGGAAUUAAAAUGCAGGAACACAUUCUCAAAUAUCAAUAAACCUUUAGCACUGGAAAUGGAAAACAUCUUAAAAAUCCAAAAUAAAUAAACAAAGACAACAGCAACAGCAGUUAAAAUGAAUCAUGAAGUCUCUGUAAAUAAAAUUGUUCUUCAAAAAAAGAGCUAGUUGACGCCAAUGUAACCCACUGAAGACUUUUAUCAUCCAAUUUUUGGUAGAAAGAGAAAAAAUAAAAAAACAAUAAAAAACGAAAAUUCAAAUGAAUGAGCUUGUUUUAAUUUAUCAUGCAGUAAAUUGAUUUAUUGCUUAUUGCGACAGGCCUAAUCAGGAUUUUCUAUUGUAUUUCAUGUACAGCAUCAGAUUCAAAGUCAGAUUUGCUUCUGGACUUUGACUAGGCCAUGCCAACACAUGCUGCAGUUGUUUUGAUCUAACUGCAGCUGUAUGGUUGCACAAACUUGUUGCAAGCUCCAACAGGUUUUCUUUGCCACGGCCACGUUUCAUCAUGGGGUGAAACAUGUUAAAAAAAAGAUAUUAAAAAUAUUAUUUCCACUUCAAAACCAUCCGUAGAAAAUCCAAGUGAAAAUAUAAAGUAUGCGGUUGUAAUGGGACCAAAUGUGAACAAAUUCAACUAGUAAAAAUACUUUUUCAAGGCACUGUAGGAACAAAUCUCACACUUCUAAACGUGUGUUUUUAGGUCUUCAGUAACAGUUUUGGGAAGAUUGUGAUCAUUUGAUUCAAUUGGUGAUUUUUAAAAAAUCUAUGGAUGAGUGUGUCUGCUGCCAUUUUGUAUGAUUGUGUGCGUGUCUUUCUCCCUGUGUAAAAGUUUGUUUGAGGCAUGAACACCUCUCUGGUAAAAUAAAUAAUAUUAUUUAAAUGUCAGCAAUGUUCUAAUCUGCCUCCCAAAGGUCAAGUAGAUUUCCAGAAGCUGUUAGUUCAUUUCCUCCACAGUAAGCAGUGAUUAGUUUGAAGUUUAUGAGACUUAUUCUCCGUCUCGUUCUGUUCCUGAUUUGAUUGUCGACUUUGUUGACCUGUAAUAACUGUAGGCCGUGUGUAAGUGCUGUAUGUGCUCAACGUGCGACGAUUUUUACAGAGAAACUCGUAAAGGUGGCUGGUCUGAUCUGGACAGAAAUGCAUUUGUCAUCAGUGCUUUGGUUGUACUUUUAACAGCCUUGUGUUUCAUUGUUUGGUUUGAAGUGAAGUUUGUCAUCUCUCUGCAGGAAGAAUGAAAUUUACAAUUUCAGGCAAACUUUUGGUUUAGAAAAAUAUACAUUUGAAAGACGUAGCACAAUAAAAUAUUUAGGAUUUUUUGUUGUUGCGUUCAAACAAAUAAUUUAUUUCUCUUGAUUUCUGCCUCAUAGUCGUUUCUGUUAUUUUCACUUCUACAUAUUCCAGUGAUUUUGAGUGUGCUUCAUAAACUCCUUUUGUUUGAAGGAGAUCUGUCAUGAGAUGCCUCUAAACUGUAAUAUGCACACUCCAAUCAGAAAUAUCCAAACAAUUGUCUGAAUUUUAGGAGGGAAGGUGAUGGUUUUUACAUAUUUUCUGGUUUGAUGCAUUAUAUGUUUUGAUUAAUUGUGUUGUUGACUAAUUUAAAAUAUGUCUACAUGUUGGUUGAACCAGAGGAGUGAAGAGAAAGCAAUCAGUUGAAAGGAAACCAGAUGUGUCUUCAGAUCCUUAUAGAAGACACAUUUUUAUGUAAUUCACAUUGGCCCAGAUUCGUUUCUGGUUUAUUUAAUGUGGCAAAAGUUUAAAAAUGUGACGGGAUUUGACUGGGAAUUAAACUAAUUGACUUGAAUGUCUUGUUGGAACAUGUUUCAUAAAUAUAUAGAAGAGAUUUUUAAAUGACUUGUUGUGAGUCGUGCAAAUUAUUUUGAACUUAUUUAAAGUUUCCAGAUGUUUGUGAGACUUAAGAAAUGAACAAUAAAGAUUUAUUGGACUUUUUGAAGCA